CUCGUCGGCGCGGCCCUGAGCCUGGCCCCCAAGACCGCGGGCGGCGUCGCGAGCCUCUACGGUUCGACCCCUAACUCGCUCAGCGGCGGCACGUGGAGCGGGAACACGUCUCCGCAAUGCAUGGGCGCGCGGUUCUCGCCGUGGACCUGCGCGGCCCAGUGCAUGGGCCCGUCGUGCUGGCCGGGGUCGAACUGCGCCACGUGCUGCACGUGUCCUGGCCAAGGACCCGCGACGCCGCCCUGGCAACCGGCGGCCCCUCAGACGCCCAAGGUCGCGUGCGGGCCCAUCAUUGGCCAGCUCAAGGCCGUGCCGAAAAAAGGAGACAUCGCUUACAUCCAGAACACGCUCAUGCCUAUCUGCGGCGUACCUAGCUCGGGUUAUCCUGCGCCGUCGGCGCCGGUCUACCAAUGCCCCGUCUGCAUCACGAGGCUGGCCCAAGCGGCGGCGAACAACGACGCUUGCGCCGCCGCGACGGCGCUCGUCUUUGGGAUAGCCAUGGACACGGACUCUAGUGGGGGGCCAGGGACCGCCGGGGGAGCCCAGGCCAACGGCGCGGGGGCCCAGGCCAAGUCGUUGAUCUGCGGGAUGACGCGAGGCGACGGCGUGACGAAGGCGUUCGCGCAAUGCCCCGGGUGCCCGGGCCAGCCGCUCUACAAGUCGAUCCGGUACAAGGACACCGAGGUCCCGUGCGCCGUCUGCGGCAAUGCGUUGCCGUUUACCCGCUUCGUCGUCAAGGACAACAAGCUCGUCGACAACGCCUGCAAGCAGUGCUGGAAGUAG